CUAAAGUAUAAUACAGAAUAAGGAAUUAAUUGUUAAAAUUAAAUUCGUAUUUGAAAAACACGACAGAAAUACUUCGUAUUUGGGAAACUUUUAUCUAUUAUAUAUUUUUUUAUCAAUAAAGCCUCGCUUAUAUAAAUAAUUUUAAUUAUUUUAUUAUUGAAAGUCUGAACAAAAAAUGUGUAUAAAUAUCGAAGUGAUUUUACCAACUAUAGAAAAGUUCUUAAUGUUGUAUCCUUUGCGAUGUGGUUGCAUUUUAAUACACUUCUGGACUACGUUACGAGCGGGGUUCUGUAUGGUAUUCUAUUCAACUGUAAUCUUAGAGGUUUUAAUUGGCGAAGAGACACCGUUCGGUGCUUGGCUGUUUACUGGAAAACCCGUCACAGAUAACCUAUAUCUUGUUUAUUAUACACUUUUAGUGUUAUUAUUGUGUGAGACUGUCUUGCUUAUAUUUUUGUUGCAUUUAGCGAUCGGAUUACACUGCUUCAACUUAUACUUGAUUCAGCAUUACUUAAUAUGUCGUUUCUUGACAUGGCUUAUUGAAAUGGGAGGGCUAUUUAUUUUGUGCCUGGCGCAUAAACUACUAAUAGGAUGGUAUUUGGGCAUUUUAUUCUUUAUUAUUCUAGAGUUUUAUUCUUUCAUCGUGGUCUACAGUUAUUAUGUCAAUCAACUGGAAAAUCAAAUAGAAGGGGAAAAACACAUUUGUUAA